GGUCAGCAGCCCUGUGACGUCACUGUUGCUGUGUCGCUGCUUUGCUUGCUGCCCUGCUAUACCAGUUUCGCGCUCCCCCCUGGCCCGGGUUGGGAACAUUAUAUUGGUAGACGCGCUUCUAAGGAUUUCAGAGCUUGCGAAAGAGUUACUAACAUCGCAGGCCUUUUUGGGACCCUCUCACCCGGGGAGGCGGAGUGUGAAGGUCUCUAGUGACAGAAAGGGUAAAGAUCCUGUGAGCAGCAGCAGUCAGAAGGUGCCCUGUCACAAAGGAACAGGAGCCUUGUAAGUGUGAGCUGCCUGUACCUAUAAGAAUCCUGUCUAUGAGAGCAUCUUGCAACUAGAAGGUCCCUUUCAGUAUGACCAUCCUGCAACUAUAAGGGUACCGUGACAGUAUUCUGCAGACAGAGGGGCCCUGACGUUCUAGCCAUCCUGCAGCCAAAGAGGCCCUGUUAUUGAGACCAUCCUGCAACCAAAGGGGGCCUAUCAUUGAGACCAUCCUGCAGCCAAAGAGGCCCUGUCAUUGAGACCAUCCUGCAACCAAAGGGGGCCUAUCAUUGAGACCAUCCUGCAGCCAAAGAGGCCCUGUCAUUGAGACCAUCCUGCAACCAAAGGGGGCCUAUCAUUGAGACCAUCCUGCAGCCAAAGGGGGCCUGUCAUUGAGACCAUCCUGAAGCAAAAGGGGACCUGCCAUUGAGACUAUCCUGCAGCCAGAGGUCCUAUCAUUAAGAUCACCCUGUAGCCAAAGGGGCCGUGUGGUUUGAGGUGAUCCUGCAACCAGUGUCUUUGUCAGAUCAUUCUGCAGCAAGAGGGGGCCCUGUUAGUGAAAUAUUCCUAUAGCCAGAAGGACCCUGAUAGUGACACUAUCCUGCAGCCACACAGACCUUGUUAGUGAUUCUGUAAGAUCAUUUAGAAUACUCUGCUGCCACAGUGACAGUUUCAGUGAGAGAAUCUAGCAGCCAGAGAAACCCAAUGAAUGUGACCACGCUGCAGCAAAAGUAGUUUAGACAUUGCAAAGGGUCUUGUGAGUGCAUUGGCCUAUAGACAGGCCUUUCAGUAAGUGUGAGCACCCUCCAGCCGGUUCUGCUUCCUUCUACUUUAGCCUGAACAUUUCUGAAUUGUUAUUGCUGUCCAUGAAUUGAUUAAACUAAAUCAUGUUGUCUAGGCUCACAUUUGUUAAAUCACCCAGUGGCAGAUUAUAAAUGCCUCAGCAGGGCCAGCCCCACACAUUGUAUAGCCGUCAAUUAUCCCAUCAUUGUAUUAACAAUGCUGCGUUACAUGUGUGAAUCAAUAAGCCAAGCAGCAGAUUAUUGAAGUUUGUUUACUUUAGGAUUGUGGGAAUGAAGCGGAUGAAUCGUAUACCUGCCACUCACACUUAAGACGCCUUAAAUUAGUGGGUUAGUGAUUGUUGGGGUGCUCAGCUGGGUUGUGCCGUUACCCAGUUUUGGGGUUGUUGGGUCCAGUCCUGCUAGUGAUCUACCGCAAUUUACAGCAUUGGAAACUUCAAAACUGAAGACACUUGCAAGAUGUGGCUCAAGCUAUUUUUCCUACUAUUGUAUUUCCUCAUUCUUUUUGUGCUGGCCAGGUUUUUUGAGACCAUAGUGUGGUAUGAAUCAGGCAUCUUUGCCAGCCAGUUGGUGGACCCUGUGACUUUAAGCUUUCGGCAGUUAAAGACCAUCUUGGAAUGCCGGGGGCUGGGGUAUUCAGGCUUACCAGAGAAGAGAGAUGUCAGAGAGCUGGUGGAGAAAUCAGGGGAUCUUCUGGAGGGUGAGUUGUACUCAGCCCUGAAGGAAGAAGAGGCCUCUGAAGCAGUAUCCAGUACCAAUUUCAGUGGUGAAAUGCACUUUUAUGAACUUGUAGAAGAUACAAAAGAUGGAAUCUGGCUGGUGCAGGUGGUUGCAAAUGACAGAAGUCCUCUUGUGAGCAAAGCCCACUGGGAGAAAAUGGUGAAAAAAGUAUCAAAAUUUGGUAUCCGCACAGGAACCUUCAACUGCUCCAGUGAUCCUAGGUACUGCAGGAAGAGAGGUUGGAUCAGAUCAACCCUUAUCAUGUCCGUACCUCAGACAAGCACUUCUAAAGGGAAAGUAAUGCUAAAAGAGUACAGCGGGCGUAAAAUUGAAACCGAGCAUAUUUUCAAAUGGAUUACUGCCCAUGCUGCUUCACGGAUCAAGACUAUUUACAAAUCUGAACAUCUGAAAGAUGAAUGGAACAUUAGUGACCAAUACAAGGUCAAGCUGUUCCUGUUUGCAAACCUUGAUCAGCCGCCAGCUUUCUUCUCUGCCUUAAGUGUUAAGUUUACUGGAAGAGUAGAGUUUAUUUUUGUAAAUGUUGAAAAGUGGGAUAAUAAAAGCCACUUGGAAGAAAUUGGCAUAUUUAGGACACCCUCCUAUGUUCUUAAGACUCCAGAAGGAAUAUACAAAUAUGGCAAUAACACAGGAGAAUAUCCAUCUCUCCGUGCCAUGGAUGCUUUUUUACGUUCAUUGCAACCAGAAGUAAAUGACUUGUUUGUUCUGAGCUUAGUUUUGGUUAAUCUUAUGGCGUGGAUGGACCUGUUCAUUACUCAAGGAGCCACCAUUAAAAGAUUUGUGGUUCUUAUAAGCACUUUAGGAACAUACAACUCCUUGUUGAUCAUUUCUUGGCUUCCUGUGUUAGGUUUUUUGCAACUGCCUUACCUGGAUAGUUUUUAUGAGUAUAGUUUAAAACUACUCCGUUAUUCAAAUACAACCACUUUAGCUUCAUGGGUGAGGGCAGAUUGGAUGUUUUACUCAUCUCAUCCUGCACUCUUUCUUGGCACUUACCUUGGUCACGGUUUGCUUAUUGACUACUUUGAAAAGAAGAGACGCCGUAACAAUGCUGAUGAACUAAACGCCAAUAACCUGGAGUGGUUGUCUAGCCUUUGGGAUUGGUACACAAGUUAUUUGUUUCACCCAAUUGCUUCCUUUCACCAUUUUCCUAUUGACUCAGACUGGGAUGAUGACCCUGACUUGUUUCUUGAGCGAUUAGCAUUCCCAGAUUUAUGGCUUCAUCCUCUUAUUCCAACAGAUUACAUUAAGAACCUACCAACCUGGCAGUUCCAAUGUUCCACUUCCAACACUGAGGACAGUUCUGAAGGAUCACAAGAAAGUGAUGAAUCUGAGUCUGAGAGCACUUGCAAGAAAGAACUAUUUGAACACGAAAGUAGUAACCUUAGUUGCACAGAUGAAUCUGCAUCAGAAUGCACUAACCACACUUGCUCAUGUUCCAGCAAACCUAGGAACUGUAGCCCAUAUGGACCUCAUUGCACAAAGAAUGACACGGAACCAAACUGGCAUGCUUGGCCAGAUAAUAUGUUGCACUGUACGGAAUGUGUUGUAUGCUUAGAGAAUUUUGAAAAUGGUUCUUUACUUAUGGGUCUACCAUGUGGGCACGUGUUUCAUCACAAUUGCAUAGUAAUGUGGUUGGCUGGAGGGAGACAUUGCUGCCCAGUCUGCCGCUGGGCAUCAUAUAAAAAGAAACCUUGUGCACGUCGGCAGCCUUUGUUGACUAACCCCGUUUCCUAGCCCUGAGUAUAUUUCUGCCUGUAAGCUUCCCAGUCUGUAGCUGCUUGUAUCUGUUAGAGACUUCAGUGGCUUAAUGUCCAGUUCCAAUCGUUGUACAGUGAACUAAUAUAUAAUAUGCUGUCAACUCAUUCUGUUGCGUUAAAUGUGAAUGCAUAUAAAUUAACAAUCACAUCCUAUUCUUAUUUAAGUUUGCAUUCUAAGAUUGGUUAAUCUUCAUUUUUUACUUUAAAAGAAAAUUGGCUGUUGAUUAUUUUAUUACUUUGAAUUACUACAUAACUUCUUGUAUUUUUUUUAUAUGUUGCUGCAUUGUGUAUGUUCAUUUAGUCUGGAUAUAUAUAUAUGGUAUGUCAUCAAUUUAAAUAGAUAUUUGAGACACCUUAAAAACUAAUUGUUUAAGAACACAGAUUAAAAAAAAAAAAUAUCUGCUAUAAAA